GAAUGCUGCUGUUCGAGCUGGUAUGAGCAGUGUGCCUACCGAGAACACAAUGUGUGGAAGUGCAGUCUCCACAUACCAAGCCGUAGCCAAUAACUGGAUGGAGUUUGACUGCAAUCCACCUGAUGGACUGACUGCUCGAUACGUCAGCGUCGAUAGUCCAGGACUCCGGUUCCUUUUCCUGUGUGAAGUCUUAGUAUUUCCAUGCAGACCUAACCUUCCAGCAGUGGAUUUUACUUUCGUCGCUAAUCCUGCUCUCAUCGACUCGACUGGUGGCAACGAUGUCGUCCUGACAGCAUACAAAGGUCCCGAUGACAUACCUGCUGGUGUCUCAUUUGGCCGGCAGAUGGCAACAGGUGGAAUGGAUGGACUUCCUCCCGGAUCAACCGAAGAAGGCGAGCCGCCUUUGGGAUGCGAAGCGGUAUCUUUACGGUUACCUGCGGCGGAUGGGAUUAGCAGAGUUGGUGUCUUCUAUUUUGAAGGAAGUAGAGGAAGCACCAACACCAGGAUUCAGAUCGUUAUGCUGCCAAAAGGUGGUAAGACAACAUUCCUGUUCGAUUGAGAUCACAGUCCAUUUUACU